AUGACGUCGGCAGCCUCUGAAUCUGUAGCGACGAUUCUCUGCAGCUCCAAACAGACGCGCUUUCAAAUCACCAAUCGUCGCGAGCUUGAUAUUGAUGGAGUCAACAUCACCGUGACUUCAGGCGACAAACCUUCUGGCAAGGGAAAAGCAAAGCCAAAAGGCGAGGGUAUUGAGAUUCUCGCUGGUGCCAAGCUUCGACUUAAGGAAGGUCAAAGAUAUGCUCUUGUUGGGCGUAAUGGAACUGGAAAGUCUACACUGCUCAAAGCCAUCGCCGAGAAACUCAUCCCAGGCAUUCCAGAAGAGACUAGGAUUGCUAUUUUACAGCAAACUAGACUGACUGAUGUAAAGUCUAAGGAGAAUGCCGAUACCAAUAAUGGCGACAAAGCUUCUGUGCUGGAACAGGUCAUCGAAAAAGCUACAGCUAAACAUGCCAUCGAACAGGAUAUCAAAGACUUGACAGAAGGAAUAAACGCCUCCGACCCCUUUACUCCAGUCAAAGCAUUAAGGCAUCUGAAGCACAGAAAGCACCAAGAGCGUCUCUUUCGUCUCGAUAAAGAUGCUCGGCUUCGUAGUGGUGCUCGCGGUAUGCAAGCUCGCAAAGCACUCACUGCCUUCGAAAAAGUCGUAGCUGAGUCGAAUGAACUACUGGGACAAUCCAAUGAAGAAAUUUCACCCGAAACACUUCAAGCUGAGACUCAAGAGGCUGUUGAUAUGCUUGCUGAUCUUCAACUUCAAGUCGACCCAACUCACGUAUCAGAGAUUGAGUCCAAAGCUAAAAAGAUCCUGACUGGCCUGGGCUUUUCUGAAACCCUUAUCCAGAAACCCAUUUCGAGUUUGUCUGGUGGUUGGCACAUGCGUGCUUCUCUCGCCACGGCUUUGGUUCAAGAAACUGACAUUCUUAUCCUUGAUGAGCCUACCAACUUUCUCGACCUCCUAGGAAUCAUCUGGCUCCAACGCUAUCUUCAGAACCUAGAAGAAACGGAGAAUCCACCAACCCUCAUCCUCGUUUCGCACGAUCGCGACUUCAUCUCUCUUUGCACAGAUCUGCUCAUCCUCAAGGACAAGCAGCUUACUUACUUCCAUGGCGAUUUUCCCACUUACGAAGCAUCGCAAAGUGAGCGCAAACAAUGGCUCACCACCAUGAAAGAAGCUCAGGAUAAGCAAAAAGCGCAUAUUGAGAAGUCCAUCGCUGCCAAUAUGAAAGCUGGAAAGGCCAAUGACGAUACCAACAAACUUCGUCAGGCUAAAUCUCGCCAGAAGAAGCUUGAUAACCGCUGGGGGUUGCAGGUCAGCGCCAGGGGCGGUCGUUUCAAGCUCAAUCGAGAUCUUGUUGGCUUUCACUUGACAGCGCGUGAGGAUAUUGACAUUCCACCGGAAGACCGCCCCGUCGUGGUGAACCUUCCUGAGCCACCUGACCUGCGCUUCCCUGGCGCUCUGAUUUCUCUUGAGAAGGUUGCGUUCCGGUAUUCAGCCAAGACACCUCUGAUUGUCCAGGAUAUCACUCUUUCUGUUGGCACGGGAGACCGUAUUGGUAUUCUUGGCCUCAAUGGAGCAGGCAAGUCGACGCUCAUCAAACUCCUUGUUGGGGAGACUCGACCUACAUCUGGAACUCUAAAUAUGCAUCCCCGGUUGAAGCUGGCAUACUACUCUCAACACGCCGUUGAGGCACUGCAGUCUCUCGGUCGUGAAGAACCGACCCUCACAGCUCUGACUCUUCUCACUCGUGAAGUCAAAGGCGAACUCACAGAAGGAGAUCUCCGCGGUCUCUUAGGCCAACUUGGUCUUCCAGGUCGAAUUGCCUCUGACGUACCCCUGUGUAAACUCUCGGGUGGACAAGUGGUGCGGUGUGAGCUUGCUCGUCUCUUAUGGCGACGACCUCAUUGUCUUGUUCUUGAUGAAGUCACAACUCAUCUUGAUUAUGAGACCGUUACAGCGCUGAGGGAAGCAUUGAGGGAUUGGGAGGGUGCUGUGAUUUUAGUGAGUCACGAUCGAUGGUUUAUGCGAGGCGUGAUUGAGGGUGCGGUGGAUGAGGAUGAGGAAACAGACGAAGAUGAUGAUGAGGAAGUUGUGCGAAGAAGGAUUGUUUACAGGUUGAAGGGUGGUAAGAUGGAUACGUUGGAGAAUGGUGUGGAUGAGUUUGAACGGCUUAUGGAGAAGAGGGUCAAGAAGUUGCUUCAAGACUAA